AUGGAUCAACACUCUAAGGAGUUAAACAAUGAUAUAAUUGUCAGUAAUGAAACAGGUAUAUUAGAAAAUAAACAUUUGUACAACGACCGCGAUCUCCAGACUGAGGAAGUAGGAGAUUCGGACCUAAAACUUAAGGAAGCAACAAAUUUAUGUGAAAGGGAAUUAAAAUCAGAAGAACGAGAGAAGCCUUUGGGUGAUGAAAUUAUUGAACAAAAAUAUCAUGGACGGAGAUUUAUCACGAUACGAAACCUCCCGCUAUCUGCUGACACUAACAAAUUCAGAAAAGAAAUAAGCAAAGUUUGCCCUCCUGUGUCCAUGGGCGUCGUAAGAAUCAAUAACAUGGGUUAUAAACUGCUACAUAUUCAAUAUAGAAACAAAGAUAAUAUUGAAAGUCUUUAUCAAUGUUUGAAACAAAACAAAUAUGUCCUUCAUUAG